AGUCACGGAUGCGUCCUUCGUAACUAUACACUGGCGUUAAGGGGGUGUUUCGAACGCCUCAUGGUUGCCAUUAUUCGCUGGAAAAAUACGCCGGUGCCCGUACCCCGAGUCUGCACUUUUGUUCUCUUUGUUCGGGUGUCGGAGGCCCAGCGCGUCGCAUUCAGAGAGCGAGCCAAUCGGCCUCGCGCUUACUGGCAGCGCUGGGCCAAUGGCGCGGCGACGUGCUUCCCGGUCGCCGUCGGACCGCGGACAGACAAGAGGCGAGUGGGCCGGUAGGAAGCUAACUGCUAACUUCCGUUCAAUUGCAGAUUUCGUCUUCGGCGACACUUUUCCACGGGAGCAAACGCGCCGAAAGGCCUUGGAAAAAUCCAAACCACGCGACGGUAUCGAAUCGGGCCGGCUAAAAGUUGAACGCGCGGCUCGGUUUCGGCUGAAUUAGCGGGACGCCUGCUAGCGUUAGCGGCUAGGCGCCAGUCAAUCCUGUUUGACAACAACGCGGUCGCUCGCGUUGCUUUCCCGCCGCGAUUCCGUUAUCCGCCGGCCCAUUCGGAACGCGCUUCAAACUCGAGGGCGAACAUGGCAGAGUUUCUGGAAGACCCGUCGGUGCUCACCAAAGACAAGUUGAAGAACGAGCUGGCGGCCAACAACGUGGCGCUGCCGAGCGGCGAGCACAAGAAAGAAGUGUACGUGCAGCUCUAUUUGAAGAAUUUAACGGUGCAGAACAACAAGAGGAGCCCGCCCGCCGACACCUUCUCUAGCGACGACGAGCUGCCCGCCCCCGUGGUCUCCACCAACAAAAGCCGCUCCGGCAGAAAAGCCACCAGGAAGACGGACAAGCCUCGCAUCGAGGUGGAGGUGACGGAACUCACCGACGAUGACCUUAGACUGCAACUCGCCAAGUAUGGAGUGGACGCGGGACCCGUCGUGGCCUCGUCGCGCAAGUUAUACGAGAAGAAGCUGCAGAAGUUGCUGGAAGAGCCGACGGCGGAAGCCGAGACCGCCGCCGCCGCUGACGUCACCGUCCUCCCCGAAGUCGACGCCAACCAGAACGGCAACACCGACUUUGACCAGUACAGCGACAAGGAAGAUGAGGAAAUGACCGUCACUGAACCGGAGCAAGUCCCCGUCGCCGAGAGGCCCGUGCGCAGCAGAGGGAAAACGCCGGUGACCGCGCGGACCAGCGGCAGACGGCAAACCAAGGUGGUGGUGGAGGAAGAGGAGGAGCUGGUGGUGGUCACUGAAGGCCCCCCCGUCAAGUUCAGCGAGAGCCCGGUGGAAGAUAUUCUGGCCACUGAAAUCAGCACGCCAGUGGGCAUCAGGUAGCUUGGAUAGGAAAUCAACACUCGAUGUUCAAGCGGCCUCGCGUGCUGCAGUCGGCGCAGCGGAAUG